AACUGUACAAGUGAAUUCUGCAGCUCCACGGAGGACAAUUUGUCUACGGAAGAAAUUUUAGUUGCUUUUUGUUCUCCUUUAGAAUAACACUUAUUAACGGCAUAAAAUCGCAGACUCACAGAUUUUGCAUAAAAUAUUUUAAUUCAGCAGACAGACAGACAACAUACACACUAACGACAAAUAUUCACUUGUGUAUCCAAUGGAGUAAAUGAAAAAAUAAUUCCAAAACGCCUUAUGAAAAAUAAAAUGACCAAUUAUGUAUAUCCGCCCAAUAUUAAAAAAAGGAACCACCAGUAUUUGAAGUGCCAUACAAUUUUCUAAAACGCUUAAAAUUUGUUCAUAUUUGCAUUAAAAUAACUGUCAACGCAAAUGAUUCAUAUUUAGCAUAAAAUGUUCGGAUCUAAAAUAAAAACAUGGAUGGAAAACCAUCUUGGUAGACCACGUAAAAAAAGCAAUAAAAAUAAGAAUGUAUCGCCUUCCGAUCACGUACCGACUGGAGAACAGUUUAAACAAAAGCAUGCGGCUACAGGAUUCACCCUGUACAAUAGCAAUGGAUGUUCAUCACCAUAUAGGACCAAUACGAAUUCAAAUAGUUCUAGUGCCAAUCUUACAGGAUGCAAUAGUAGCGUUAUUUCCAGUCCCAAUAGGCGUAGAGAAGUAUCGCCCAUACAAAAUCAUACUCAGAGUCGUUAUGGUUGGCAGUCGCCAGAUAGAGAAAAUGUCAUCUCCCCCAAAUCAGAGAAUUUCUUGUAUGCACCUCAGCAUCAUAGUCAGCAGUAUUUGCGCAAUCAUCACACUGCUCCUAAUACUCGAGAAAAUUCUUGCGAAGACAAUAAAAUUGUUUCUAAACAGCAACAACACCAACUCAAUUGUUCUACUUCAUCGUUUUCUUCAUUAUCUUGGUCGACGGGAUCUAAAGAACCAUCAAUGCACUCCAAUAAUAUACAAAAUGCAGUUUGUCAUUCUCUUGGUACAGCCGUUAAUACCAAUACUACUUUAAAUUUAUCUGACAUGAAAUCACAUACUCUAGCAGACUCCAAACCAUUAGACGAGGAUCCUAAUGCUGUACACUACGAAGAAAUCGAUGAACUUGGAACUUUAAUAAGGCAUCCCGAGAAGCUGCUUGCUAACACAAUUAAUGAUUUUGAAAGACCAAAAUCUGAACAAUUUCCAAAACAUAAACAUACUACCACAUUAUUUUCCGACAAUAAGCAGACGCAAGACGAUGCUUCCACAAGAUAUGGGCGAUUGUUGCCAUCAAAAAUGCCAAAUCCUAUAAUAGUUAGUUUUCGUACAGGCAGCGAAGAAUGUAUUUCAAGAAAUGGUUCACAGUUCGCGAUGCAAAACCCCAAGGGAGAUAUAAAAAAUUCCUCGUACUCACAAAAUCGCAAUGGUGGGAGAAGUAAAUUAAGAACUGGUAUUCAUCCAAGUCCACUUCAAGGAAAUCCUUCUGCACCUCUGGUGAGUCUGUCAUCCCCAGAAAGUGCAUAUUCUACAGGUUACUCUACAGAUGGGACAUCGCCUGGUGCUGGAUAUACACCGCCAGAAUAUUAUGUAAAUAUGCGAACUGGUACCCAUUAUUUCCCUAAAAGUGUCAACUCAUUAGCUAUAGAAGCUCAAAGAUAUAAAUUUGGAUUAAAUAAAAUUGAAGAGAUGUCGCCCAUUGAUCCCCUGCCGAAAACCUCAUUUGCUCAUCGUAAUAUUGAAGAAAAUUAUUCUGCAUUAGCUAAACAAAAUAUUUUCACAGAACCAUACGAAAAGUCAUCGUCCACGUUUCAAGCGUGGGAAACGAGCGAAGUUAAAAGUCCACUGCCUAUACGAAAUACUAUCGUCAUACCGACUUUGAAAGGUUUUGAAUCUCCAUCACCCCGACAAAGGUGUCGAAUACGCACUAAUCCAUGGUAUUCUACUACUGAAACCUCUUCAUCAAGUUCUACAAUAAACCCAUUACAUCAACAGCAGCAACAACCUCAACAAAAUCUCCACCACCACUCUGGUGGAUCGCUUAUAAACACAUCAUUAACAUCCUCAAUGACGUUCUCAUCUACAUCAUCACACUCGACGUCAGCCUUAUCGACAAUACAUCUUGAUCAAGACUUUCAACGUUCAGUCUCCCCGAGUAUCAGGAAUAGUACUUUAGGUGCAACUGUUUUGAGUAUGAAAAAUAAUAAUAACAACAACAUUAUGACAUGUGUGUCUUCGGAGUCUUCAUCCUCAUUGACAGAAGUGGAAAAUAUGCAUCGAUGCUAUACACCCAAUACCAUUAGAAAAAAGCGCUCCUUGCAGUUACAUUAUAAUCAACAUUCUGAUCUCGUUGCCACCGGCAACAAGAAAAACCAUGAACCUCCUUUGGCUGUGGCAAGUGACGACGAUGCCACAUUAAAUGAAAUGAUGGGUAAAUUUGACGAAAGUUAUAUUUACGAAAAGGAGACUGACAUUUUAAGCAGUGACUCUGAUCCUACUGACUGCCCUACAGACAUGGAUACGGGACAAGAUGCUGGUGACGAAUGUGAUACCGAUGACUUAUUAGAUAUCGAUUUCAUUGAUACUUCCUCAAUACAAGAGAUUUAUGAACAUAAAGACCAACAAGUUAAUUUGGGAAAAUGUUAUUAUGUGCAAGGAAGUCCUAUAAUGGCCCAUAGGAAGGCGUCUCUUAGAUCACGCAAUUCACGGAGUCUAAAGCUGUCGAAUGAGCAAUCGAUGAUCUCGGCAGCAGCAAAUAGUGCUCAAAGAAGAAGGAAACGUUUUCAUAAGACACGAAAGAAGAGUUCUGAAAGCAGGGAUCAUUGCAGAUCUCCUCAACGUAAACCAAGGGAGACACGCAGUGUUGGUGGAACUCCUGUUUGUUUAAGAAAACGGAUAUCAAUCAGCGAAAAGCAAAAAUUUAGUCACACUACACCUCAUAGGCUAUCCCACCGUUCGAGUUCCUUAGUAUUUACUAGUGCACAUGAAAAUCGUUGUAUGACUGUAGCAGAGAGCGAGAAAGCAAUACUAAAGGCAGAUUUUGAAGCGGAUGUAAAAUAUCGACAACUAAUAAUGGAAGCCGAAUCCAUAUUGCUUUCAAUGAGAAAUAGCUUACAGAGUAUAUCCCGUGAAACUCCUGUAGCCAGUCCACGCAGACAAAAUCCGUUAGCUAAUAAACGUGUAGAAAUGAUUAAGAACUGUGAAAUUGAACCGAAAAGAGAUAUUCAAAAACAUCAACAACAUUCACCAAAGAAACAUAUGUCAUCCGAAUUAAGCGAACAGGAAUUAACAGCAGCUGUCAACAAACGUAUUGAAAUUUUAAAAUUGGAAACUCUGUCACCACCUGGUAGUCCUAAAUUGGGACAAUGCAGUCCCCGGAAAACCCACUUGACCAAUUUUAUUAAUCAAAAUACACCCUCCGAUGGAAACAUAAGAAAAAAUUCGAUCAAUUCUCCUUUAGUUCAAAGAAAAAAUAUAAGUCCUGUAGCAUCACCCACGCCUCAACAGAGAUGUUUAAAAUUUCAUGCAAAUAAUUUAAGGCCACCUUCUCGCACUCAGAAUUUCCAGUUUAGUGAUUCCGAUCAAGAUUUGGCCAAACCAGUUCAAUUGUCAUACAAUUCUAAAUGUGAAGAAAGUGUAAUAAAAGAAUCAAAUGUCAUUCCUCAACUUCCAAAUAAAGCACUACCAAUGUCUCUAAACUACUGUCCACAAAGUGAACCGCUAAAACGUAAAAUAUACAAAAAUCACCAUCCAUCACUUGAUCGAUUGAGCAAUUGCAAACCCAUACAAAAAGAUUCAAGACAAGAACUUUUUAAACAACAAUGUCUUAAAGCGUACAAUACAGGAAGUGUGGAAUUGCCCGCACACAAUCGAAAGCUUCAACUCAAGUCGAAUAGCCAAGAUCUAAACCAUUUGUCGUCAUUUGGUGCAAAGACUGAUUUCAAUACUAACACGCCAUCAGAUAAAGCAGCUUUAAUACUCAGCACAAUAGAAGAUUUAAAACGUAAUUUAGAACAUCAAACCAUCGAGCUCAAUGGAUUACAUGACUCGUAAAGUUAAACAUUAUUAUACUUAAUAUUAUUCCAUCUUUUUACUAUCUAUAUACAUUUAUUUUCGAAAGUUUAAAGUAAACGUUGAGCUUUUUGGCUCUAAACAGAAUGAUCAGAUCAUUAGCAAACAAAACUGAUCCUAUCGACGAUUAACAUAUUUAUUAACAUUAAUUUAUUAUUUCUUUCUAUUUAAUAAUUUAGAUGUAAACAAACAUUACCAAUAUUAACAAGACACAUUAAGAAUUUGAAGGAGAAAUUCGAAAAUAGAAUUCUUUACAUGAAAAACCUUCUGUAAAUCAUUUCAGCUUACUUUUACAAAAUUGUAAUACGACAUUUAAGACAUAAAUACAUUUGUAAUAAGCUGAUGUGAUCUAUAAAAUAUUAUAAAAUAUAUAUUAUUUAUACAUCAUAUAAUAUUAGAUAAUAACAAUAAUACAUUCAGCAUCGAUUACAACAUUGGGUUUAAGUUCUAUUUUUUUUAUUUUGAUUAUAUUUUCAUGUCCUUUUUACCUUAUGAAAUCCCUCCAUUUUAUUAUACAAAUUAUGAUCAACAUAUGUUAAAUGUUAAUUAUAUUAAUUUAAAUUAGAAACAUUUAGUCUUUUAAACAAUACACAAUAGCAAAGCAAUAUGUAUAUUGCUCCCAAUAAUAACUUUAGAAUCCAAUUUUCCAUUUCAACCACCGAGAUUGAAUUCUGUUUUGAACUAAACAUAAUAUUUGCAAUAUGUAUUCUAAAUAUUAAAAAUCUUACAUUGGGAACAUUCUUCAAAUUCAAUCCUUUGACAAUAUGAAUUAUUUUAUUCUGUUUUAGAUGUUUAUGUAUAUCGAAUAUAUUUUAGUUAAGUUACAAUUAAAAAAAAUCAAAUCAUCAAAAGGCUAAAUGAUAAAUACUAAUUUAGAAAAAAAUCAUAAAUAUUAAUUAAUUAUAUACACAAUUAUUAUAAUCUUUAAAAUGUUAUUUCAUUUGUUUGUUUAUAUUGAUUUUUUUAUUAAAUUAAAAUUUAGUGUUAUUAAUAGUUAAUUUGUAGUUCUAGUGAAAGUUCAUAAACAUUAUUUAAUAAUCCUAAUUUUAUACGUACGUAUGUAUAUUUUAUAUUUUUUUUUUUUUUACAUUCGUAUUUUAAAUGAAUUAUAUGUUCAUGGUUUAACCACUCUUCACCGCAUUGAGCUUUGAAUUAUAUUUCUCAAUAAAUUGUUUUAAUAUUUUUCUAAAUUCCGUAAGGAUAGUUAGCGCUAGUUCUGCAAAGACGAAUGCAAUGUUUUUAUAAUGUUCCAAGAAUUUAGAUCAAUUAAAAUUAGUUCAAUUUAUUUUUUAAUAUUUAAGUUCCUUAUUUGCCUACUAUUUGUUUAAUUAAAUUUAAUUUGUUAUUUAAUGUAGAAAUCUAAAAAAUAUUAUUACAUUAUCAUUAAAAAAACCCAUAAAAUACUUAUAUGUAGACAAGUAUCAAUUAAACCAUAUCUUUAAGUACUAAAACUAAUAAACUUAUUGAAAAUUAAA